AUGUAUUCACGUCCUUUGAGCUUGCAAAUGACGCGCUGUUUGCGCGCAGCAACUGGUUACUCCAGGACACGAAGGACUCAGGUAAACCUGCAACGAAUUUUCUUAAGGGAACAACCACUUCGCCCGUCUACUACGUUGUCUGAAGCAGAAAGAAAGGAAGAUUCUAAAGAAAGCGACGAAGAACCAAAAUCCUGGAGAGAAAAUCCAGCCCUGAAAUACUGGAUUCUUGGCUCACUGGGAAUCUCUGGCUCUGUUUAUUACUACGUUUACAGAAAUCACGAAAAGAAACGAUUGCUAGUAAAGCAUUUGCCAUCAGCACCCAGUCAUUUCGUACUUUCCCGUGAACGAGAUCUCUCCGCGCUUUCUUCCCUUCAUAGUCAGUUGAAGGGAAAGGAAUCUUUAACUGUUCUCCAUAUUGUUGGCUGUCCUGGGUCUGGAAAAACAGAACUUGCUCGGGAAUUUGCCGAGAAACUCUCCAGAGAGGAACAAGAAAAGUACACCUUUCUUCCAGGCAAUCUCUUCUUUGGGACUUUAAAUGGUACAUCGGUAAAAAGCCUUCUUUUUGAUGUGAAAAGGUUUGCAAUUUCUGUUGGUUGUUUUGAGAGUGAUUGGACAUCAAAGGCAGGUGAAGGGGUUAAUUUCUCCAGUCUGUCCAAGGAAGAGCAGUUAGACUACCUUGUUGAUGCUGUUAGGGAAAAACUUAAAAACAGCCAAGGCUGGAUUCUAAUUUUGGAAAAUGUUAAAGAUAAUGAAGCUAUGUACCGCUGGUUUUCUGCAAAUUCAUCAAAAAAUUGGGGUAAUGGAACAGUUCUCCUCACAAGAGAUGGCCAUGUUGACAGUGAUGUAAUGAUCAACAAUACUUACAGUAUUGAUGAAGGGUAAGAGCAUUUGCAUGACUUUUCGCAUACCAUAGGAAAAAAAUCAUUUUAACACUUAAACUCCCAGAGGUGAUUAACAUACAACUUAUCUCCAUGAUAUCUAUACAUGGUCCAGCAAACAGAUAAUGAGAAUACCCACACUUAUCAGGUAGAAGUUGUUAUCUUGACCUAACACCAAACUUGUUACUAUUCUAUAAUAGAGGGGAGAAUUAUCAAUCAGAUCUUAGGAUCAAUCUAGAUGGUUUAUUUGCACACACUUUUUUAAAAUAUAUUUUGGUAAUGAGCAACUCUCUAAAGCAGUAGUACUUAAAAUUUCCAAAACUAGGGGUUUUCGUAAAAUUGUAAGUCUGCAUGCUAUUUCAGUCCCAAACAAAUCUGACUGAAUCACAACUGGCAUUAUGUCAUUAGUGAGUACGGCAAUGUGAUCAUUCUGUCUUAAUCAUUUUCUUUCUUUCUUUUAGAUUGCCUAUGGAUGAUGGGAUUGAACUUCUUUCAAAGUUGAGUGGAUUGGAAGGAAACAAGAUGACUGCUGCAAAAGACAUUGUAACAAUUCUAAAGGGGAUUCCUCUGGCUCUCACAUGUGCUGGUCAUUACAUGCAAUCAAAAGUGCUGAAAAAUCCCAACUAUUCCAGUUUAGACUUUUUAAGUGAGUUUAAAUCAGAGCUUCAGAACUUCACUAAGGCUAAUGGGGAGAUGGCAUUAAGCCCCACAUAUGUCAUGGUUAGCAUGGAAACAAAAAGCCUUGUGCAGGAAAACUCCCAUCUUCUUCAUGCUUUUGAUUUUCUGGCAACCUGUACACCUAAUUGGCCAAUACCAGUGAGCCUCAUUGCUCUACAUCUAAGGUCACCAGAUUUUAAUCUACCCCCUGUGGAAGGCAGUGGACCUGCUCUGCCAAGCCAAAACCCCACUGAGGCUGAACAAGGGAAUAGCUCAGAACAAGAGGUAGAAGAGAUGUUCCUAUCAAUCAAGAAACUGGCCAAGAACUUGGAGAACUUUAUAACAGCAGUAAAAGAUAACAUUGAUGCUAUCAAAGCCAUGCUUAACCCUGUACUGCCUGAUAUGCCACAAAUGUUGGACGGAAAUGUGGAGAUGUUAAAAGCUUGUCCAUUAGUUUCUGUUAGAAGAAUGGAGCCCAUGGGUAAGAAAAUUGUCUUUUUUUGUUGUUGCUCAUUUAAAGUUGAAAGUGACAGAUCUCACCUUUCUAUGGUAAAAUAUCAGUUUUCUAGUUACAUAACUUUAGUGUUCUCCUUUUCAGGCAGUAAGCAGUAAAAUUUACCAUCUGUAGUACCUCUUACUAUGGCCUGAUGUUGUCUAGAUCUCUAAAAGAUUCAACAUGGAAAUAAGCAAGAACACUCUGUCUUAUGCACUGGUGAUAUAUAUAUAUAUAUAUAUAUAUAUAUAUAUAUAUAUAUAAGAGAGCUCCCACCUUUUUCACACCUAGGAGUGAUCAAUGUGUAAAAAUUGCUUUGAAAAUUGAUACACCUUUAAGAUUACAGGUAAAAAAAAUGAGGCUCUUAUUUGAGUGUUGCUUCUUUCAGUUCAUUAUAUGACUAAUUAUCUUAUUCAUUUCUUACCAGGGGUGGAGACAGUAAUAAUUAGUCCUUUGGUGCACUCAGUGUUCCAGCAACUUUUCUUGUCCCGGACAAUGGAGCAGCUUGAAUCUGAGUAUCUAGUGCAGGCGGAGGAGAAACACAACAAAAGCUCUUGGUUUCGUCGGCUGUGGAGUUUUGACGCUCAAAGAUCACUACAAGAAUAUCGCAAUUCCCUGGGUGAGGUCUCGCAAGAGGAAGCUGUAAAUAUGCAUGAAAAUUUGCCUGAUAGCGAGCUCCUUGCCCAUCGCUCCGGGCCCAAUGUCAGUGGUUUGUUGCAGGAGAGUGAGUCAGAGAUUACAGAACAAUUCAGGAAGAUAAAGACUGGUGAUGCAGUCCGUCACUGUCAGCAGCACACGGCGCGUAUUUUGAAAACUAUCAAUGGAGUAGCCUCCGUCUGCGGCCAAGACAAUCAAACACGAACUCUCGCUAGACUCCUCAAGCCGCACCUCGACCACAUUUUAGCCGCUGGCACUUCCAAGAGUCUGGGACCCAAAAGUCGUGCCCAUGCCAUUUCAGCCGUAGCCGCCAUUGACACUUCCUUUGGCAAUUUAGAGUCCAGUAAGGGACUUUUAGAAGAUGUUCUGGCUAUUGAAACACAACUGUAUGGCGACUCUAGCCUGGAGGUAGCGUCUACUUUGACGCGUUUGGCAGAUGUGUGCAGUUCUCUGGACGACGCACAGCGGUGUAGAGAGCUUCUUGAGAGAGCGAUUCAAAUUUACGAGUCGCAGCGAAGGAAAUUCGGGGAAUACAAACAGCCUCUUGAAUACGCACGUACCCUAUCAGCCCUUGGCGCUACCUAUGGAGGAUUAGGCUUCAAGGAACGAAGUCGCGAUUAUAUUGAGCGAGCCUUCUCUUUCAUGCAGUCAGCAGCACCCAUCAGCCCGGACGAAGUUGAAACGCGCCGGUUCACAAGCGACGUGGCCAGCACACUCACUGAUUUGGGGCAUGCAUACCUUUCGUUAGGCGAAACGACGCAAGCACGGCGGUUCUUAGACAUGGCUCUGAAUGGACAAAAAAAUAUUCACGGCGAUGAACAUCCAGAAGUUGUGCGCACUUUGACAGUUCUUGGAAUUGCUUAUACCAUGCAGGGAAACUGGACAGAAGCGAGAAAAAUGAGGAAAGAAGCCGGAAAAACUCAGGCAAAACUUGAUGCCAAGCCAUUGAUGUGA